AUGCACAUCGAGAACACGCAACUUGUGCACCUGGAUCGCUCGCCGCUCUCCCUCGACCGCCUGAACCGCUUCAUCCAGCUGCGGCGCAAGUUGUGUUGGUCCGUUGCCGACAUUGACAGGGCCCUUGCGGGACUGGCCAAGGUCGACGCGGAGCACUCGUUGACAGACAUGACGUCGGAGCUAUUAGCUUCGCUUUCUGCGAAUCAACCCAGACGACAUAAGCGUUUGCUGCAGCCACCUGGAGCGAAGCCUCACCAAAAAGCCAUUCUUGAGGGCGUGUCGCCUAUGGAUAACCUGUCGGUCAUAUGCCGGUACUCUCUUCUCGCCAAGGUUCUUGGUGUGGGCGUCGGAGACCUGUUUCAAAUCUCACAGGCCUUUGGUGACGCUUUUGGAGACCCGGCCACAUGCCUCCAAGUUCUGACCUCGUGGGAUACGAUCGUCGCUGGUGGCGGUUUUCUGUGGGCGGAGCUGCGCUUCGGCACGACCACAUACACUAUAUCGGUUCCUAUUUUUGCUAACCCCGAAUUUCCGUACUAUGUUGGCGUUGCCGAUGCUGCGCCGAAAUCGAGAAAAGCACGCUACAUCUCGCCAAGGACGACGUCGGAGGAGGGAACUAAGACUGCAAGGCCGCAGUACGACAACAUCCUGACCAAGGACGAUUCAGACAAGCUCGCGAGUAUGGCUAGGCGCCAGUCAUUCAACUUCUACCAGAACCACCUCAGCAGCCUUUUCCCUAGCGAAGUGGAGGACGUCUUGUGGUCGGUGACGCAGACUUGGAGAGUCCAGCCCAAGAAUCUGUCGUGGAAGUCUAGCAAGUCGGCACGCGUUGACAUCCCGGAGACGGCAUUCAUGCCCGAGUUCACCCAGCGGGCAACGUACGGCCUAUUUAUCCAGCUGAGGAAACUUUUCCUGGUGCUCAAACACAUCAAGCUGUUGCCCAGUGAGGUCGAACACAUCGCAACUCAUUCAGACCGACUCGAGGGGUUAACUUUUAGUGAGCUACAGAACAUUAUCCAGCUGAGAUAUCUCUCUGAAGUGGCAGCAUCCGCUGCAGAUGAUGCCGACAAACUAUCUGUGGCGAAGCGAGUAGCUAGGGCGACUGGUUGGAGCGAGGCUCAAAUUGGUCAGAUGUUGGAGCACGCGAGCUUUACCAAGGGGUCGGCCUCUGAUUUUACCAACACAAAGGUGCUCAUCUGCCUGCAGCGGAUCCUGCUCGGCCUGGAGCGCGACAGCGUGCCGCCCGAAGCCAUCGACCGCCGGCGCACUGAGUCCGACUGCGGCCCCCCGCAGGGCCGGAUGGGAGGUCAAGCUGGGCUGGACCGAGUACUACAACGGCCGUUGGACCCCGAUACGAUCAGGAUCAACUCCAUCCGGAAGUUGUACGGUGAGAGAGAGCUGGGCUUACACGUGCCCAUUAUGAUGAUUGACCGGCUCUACAAGUCGCAGCAGUACGAGCAGGCGCUUUCGGUAUGCCACUACGUCUCCAGUUCAAAUAAAGGUGCUUCCGAUGGUGAUGUCACUCGCUUCUGGGUUUUCUCGCCUUUUAAGCUCAUUAAAGAUGAUAUAGAACCCUACCUCUCGCCUCUGAUCAGCGAAUGGAGAAACAACCCGUUCCAACCACAUGUUGUUGCCCGCGGGCGCCCAAGGGCGUAUAUGAAAUGGAUCGUCAUUAAGUACAUACAGAUUCUCAUCACUUAUGCCGACUCGCUCUUCCGCCAAAACUUGUUGGAGGCCAUGCCUCUGGCGAUUCAGCUGUACGUGCUGGCAUCGCACCUGUACGGCCCUAGGGGUCGGAAGUUAGCCCAGCGUCGCCCGACAAAGCGAUACACAUACGCCAUGCUGUCUACCAAGUUCGAUGCCUUCUCUAACGCAAUGGUGCAGCGGGAAGAGGCCUUCAAGAUCCGGCACGCACAGGACGUGCGAGGUCUUGGUCAGGCGCUGCUGCCGGGCCGCGAGAAGCUAGAUGGCGAGACGCUGUCCAUCCUCCGCAGUCGACAUCUCGACGCAACAGGCUAUGUUGGAAACCAAGUUCCUGGCGCUGGAAGAAGCCCAGAAGUCCAUCGCUUUUGUGUCACCACCCAGCUUUUCCUAUGCAACUGGGUUCCUCAAGUCGGACCUAGCGUAACUAGCGCCUCGUGUGGCUCUCAGGGACGGCCAAUCAAUGCCAACUAG